AAAAGAACACAGAGCUCUGCAAAAACACACAAAAAUGAGGCUUCUCCGAUGUCGAUCCUUGAUAAAUCUCGCUCCUUUAUUACCUUCACAGUUCAAAUUUCACAAAUUCCACCCAACCCGAUUCUUCUUUACUCCCAAUUCCAUCUCUAUCCCACAAAUCUCAGCUUCUUCUCUCCCCACGAACACCAAAUCAACGACGAACCGUUCGAUUUCCGAUUCUGCUCGCUUCGCUCGCUCCGUCUUGUUCGUGCCUCCCGGUGUUGAAAUCGAGGAGCUAACGGAUGAUAUGGUGCUUCCGGGCUCCAAUAUAGUAAUCGGACCUUUCGCGGAUCAUUCACAGAUCAAAGAAGUCGAAUUCGUCAAGAGCAGUGCUCGAGCUAGAGACUGUCCUAAAGAUGAUCGUCCAGAGAUUGCGAUUCUAGGUCGUUCUAAUGUCGGAAAAUCCUCGCUUAUCAAUUGCUUGGUCCGGAAGAAGGAAGUCGCUCUCACUUCCAAGAAACCUGGGAAGACUCAGCUUAUAAAUCACUUCUUGGUGAAUAAGAGUUGGUACAUUGUGGAUUUGCCUGGUUAUGGAUUUGCUAAAGUUUCAGAUGCUGCGAAAACGGAUUGGUCUGCGUUUACUAAAGGUUACUUCUUGAAUAGAGAUACACUUGUUUGCGUGCUUCUUCUGAUCGAUGCAAGUGUUCCUCCUCAGAAGAUUGAUCUUGAUUGUGCGAAUUGGCUCGGUCGCAACAAUGUACCAAUGACUUUUGUGUUUACUAAAUGCGACAAAAUGAAAGCUGCGAAAGGGAAAAGACCUGAUGAGAACAUUAAAGCUUUCCAACAAAUCAUUAGAGAGAAUUUUAAGCAACAUCCUCCUUGGAUUUUGACGAGUAGUGUAUCCGGUUUAGGCAGAGACGAGCUUCUCCUUCACAUGUCUCAGCUGAGAAACUACUGGGAUCAGUAGGAGCUGUUAUAAUGAAAAAAGGUCUCUUUGAAAUGGCGUUUUUGUAAUGUAACAGUAACAACAAGUUUGUAUACAUAACAAUGUUUCAAAUGGUGAUAUUGAAAGAGACAAAGAGUUA